AUGGAUAAACCAGACACAUCGCACUUAUUUGACACUAAAAUGGAGCUACAUCCCGAAGAGGAGAGCUUCGCUCAGCCUACCAUCAUCUUGAAGAACAGCAAGCCCUCAAACCGAUGUAACAGCGUACGCAUCGCUGGAAUCAUACUUGUGGUUGCUCUUAUAGCUGCUGCAUUUAUUGGCGGGUAUUUGGUGCGAAGAGCUGUAUCAAAGUCAUCGAAGUGUGAAACAAAUGGCGAUGCCUUACGACCGACGUCCUCGCCGCAUCUCAGCGUUCGACUUCAGGACAUCUUGGCGGAUAUGUCCGCGGAGAACAUUGAACUCAAUUUGAGGUUGGUUUAUAGCUCCUUGGUUUUUCUUGUCGUCUUGAAUAGACAUUUAUCAGUAAAAAAAAAAUCACCUUGUUGUUAAUCGUUUGAUGCAGUUCGUCAGGUCAGAUUGAGUGGUUGUUUCUAUUUCUUUGUGAUGUCUUAUCGCUUGCUUGAUCAGCUGUUUCGUGAUUUAUAUGCAAGCUAUCAUAAUGAUCUCCUGGCUUCGCUGGGGGCGUUUCUCUUUAAUUUUUUUGCAGCAUUUUAAUACCGAAAACCGACUCGCUAUUUUCUAUCAUCCAACUGAUAUCGGAAAAUGGGCUAUUGCAUAAAUUUUAAUAUUAUUAACAGCACCGCCCCCCCUCCCCCUCCCUUUUCGGUUGCGGACUUACUUCUAUUUUCUACUCCCUGAAGAUUGAACAAAAUAUUCACUCCUGAAGACUUCCAUGAAAUAUGGGUUCCCCUAGGAAAAGUUUUGUGAAAAUUAGAGCCUCACCCCCUAAGAAUUCCAUAUUAUUUUACUCUACCCUAAAGAAAUCCUCAAUUCAUAACUUAAAGCUGUACAUGUACCCCUGAAGAAUUCCAUUGGUCCUUAUCUGGGUGGGGGGCAGGGGGGGGCAGGGUGUAGAUAUGCAAUAGCCCAAAAUCGAUUAUGCAAGUCCCAGACCUACAAUAACUUUUACAUUAGAAGUAUAUAUCAUGAGAAUAAAAAAGCAACGACAGCAACAAAUAUGCUACUAUUGAUCUCUUAUUAGAUUUAGAGGAAGUUGUGAUAAUUAUUAUCAAAGGUAAUGGAACCCUGGCUUAAUUUUUAAUGGUCUGUAUUAAUUUUAGUAGAGUACAUCCAGGAAAUACAUGUACAUGUACAUAAUUUAUUAAGGAAGUGUUUAGCCUGCGUAAUCUUGUUCCUCAGUCUUUCUUUGCUCCGAAACCACGUUGAAACCCUUGCUGCGGAGGCUAGGCAAAAAACGUUUGGCACAGGUAGAGCUGGGAAAGGGAAGAAAAGAUGAGGAGAGGGGUGGGGUAGGGCAUCUCAAGAGUAGGACCUUUCUAGGGUAGACUGCUUACAGUUUCUUUUCAGGGGUGAAAAAGUAAUAAAGUAAUUGGGGGGGGGGGGCUGUUUCUAGUUUCCCCUUCAGCCUAAUAAGUUAUUCUUUUAAUACGUCUUUACUAUUGCUUAGUUAAGCAUGUUCAGAACAACACGUAGGGGCAAAACUUCAUGGAUCAUUCAUUAGUUUAGUACUAAUUAGUGGUUGUUUUUAAGGUUGAAAGUACAGGAAAAAACUGUUAAUUUAGUGGUUGGCACAUGGAUAUUUUCUGAGACAGUGCAAUACAUACAUGUAGCAGCAUGAAUUACUUUGCAGCACUAGAUUUGAACUAAAUACAUGUAGAUCUAAAUUCUCUGUCUGUAAAAAGCGAAUACAUAUUUAUUUGUCUGAUAUUGCAUUAACCAGCAGUUUGUAUGUCUUCUGUGAUUAUUAACAGUCAAUGCUCUUCAAUUAAAUGAAUUGAGCGCUCUAUGAAAUACGUUCUACUCAGAAUGCAAGUAUAUUAAUAUUUUAACAAUUUCUGGGUAGAACGUAUUUCAGAGGAAUAAUUAUUAUUCCAACAAGCUGGCGCUUUUCGCUGCUAUUGGGCUAUAACAUAUAGCCUAGUAGUAGCUCAACCAAUCAGAAUGCAGCAUUGAUAAUAGACUACUAGUUGGAUUUUACUAAAUGUAUAUAUAUAUAUUAUAUCUGUGUGAUUUUUCUAAAAGGUGCCGACUAAGUUUUCUCUUGAACACAGGCAAGCCCCCUGUUCAAGCCAGUGUUGCCGGAAAAGAACCAGGGGGCUUGCGGUCAUGCUAGAUGUCAGCAGAGACCCCAGGCCCAGACAGAUGAAUUAGGGCUAGGAGUACAAAGGAAAUAGAGAAUCAACCUUGGUUAAAAAAUUUUGACCUGAAACACAUAUAUGUGUACUAGUUAACUUUUGGGUACAUGUGUUGGUGGACAUGUGGUUUUAUUAUUAUUAUCAAUUUAUUCAUAUAAAACAAAUAAAUAAAUUUAUUUAUUUGUUUUUUUCAGAAACUUGACCCUCAAGCCUCAUCACGCAAGCUCUAGCAGAAAUGAAGAACUAGCAGAAAACAUUAAACAUCAAUGGACAAGCUAUGGAUUUGAUGUAAAAUUUGUAAAAUACAAUGUUUUACUUUCUUUCCCUGAGAAAGGAAAAAUAAAUGGAGCAUCCCUUCUUGAUGCAAAUGGAACAGUUAAAUUUUUAACAGCAAAAAAUGAGGAGGUUGUGGAACCAUCAGAAAAUUCACCAGAUGCAUUACCUCCUUUUAGUGCAUAUUCCCCCACCGGGAAGGCAAAGGUGAAUAAUAAUAAUAAUAAUAAUAAUAAUAAUAAUAAAGGUUUGAACCCAGGAGUCAUUUCAAAAGGUUGAGUUUGAUCGUCCGGGUGAAUGUAGCCCUGAAUAGGACUGUUGUUGUUGACAGUGACUGAUGUUUCGACAAACUGUGCGGUAGUCAUCUUCAGAGUCAAAGUGAGUUGUGUCACGUCAGUUGAUGGUAUUAUACUCUGGUUAUUGAUCUGAUUGGUCAAUUAUGUCGCAAUGUUAUUGAUCCUGUGUCGAUGUUAUUGGUCGUCUGUCUAUGAAGACUCGUAAUCAGUGAUUGGUGCAUUUCGAUUCGUCUAUUGUCGCAGUUAAACAGUCGUCUAUUGUUACUCAAAUUGUUAGUUCUCCAGUUGUUCUCUCGUAGUUAGUUUUGCUUGAUCUCGUCAAUAAGUCGUUUGUACGGCGCUGGUAACUGUAACAUCGCGACAUAAUUGACCAAUCAGAUCAAUAACCAGAGUAUAAUACCAUCAACUGACGUGACACAAUUCACUUUGACUCUGAAGAUGACUACCGCACAGGUUGUCGAAACGUCAGUCACUGUCAACAACAACAGUCCUAUUCAGGACUACGUUCAUCCGGACGAUCAAACUCAACCUUUUGAAAUAAUAAUAAUAAUAAGAGAUUCAAAAGAUCUGCAUGCUGGGAUCUGCACGAAUCCUCAGAAAGGUGCUCCGUGUAUGAACAGAAUGAUUGACUUAAGUGAGUGACAGACGCUCUAGGUGCAUGGUUUGCGCCCGGCUGAUGCACAAAAAGAACACCAGCAAAGACUGUGAUAAUAGAGAUAAUAAUAAUAAUAAUAAUAAAUUUUAAUCUUCUAGCUAAGAAACAGCUGCAACCUUUUGGCACUAUUACAAUAGAACCACUAAUAUUUGUCAGUGUUUUAUAUAUUGUUGCGCUUGUUAGUCAGCGUCAAAAAAGAUUACUGAAAAAAAUGGGGUAGACCCCUGGAGGAAGGGGGUACUUGAACAAUAUUGGGGUAUAGGUGAGCCGCUGAGGGUUUGAAACCCUGACCCUGUUUAGUACAAAAAAAUCCUAAACACAUACCCUGAUUUAUACAGAGAGGCUCCACCCCAAUGUCUAACUCCUUAUACAGGUACAAUGAACCCCUUUUUGUAUAUCUGCUAUUUACAAUAAGGGUACUCCUUUCAAAUACCUAGUCCCUUUUGACUGCUGUAAAUUUACUGCCUUUAAAAUAUGUCUUAAAUAAAUCACAAAACCAGAACAUUUUCUCAACUUUUUCACAGCCGUAAAAAGCAUCUGUUAGCUCUUUUGGGCUUUACAUGUAUUUUCAACCAAAACAACAGAUUUUCCUACCCUUCAUAUACACUGUACUUCAACAAGAGAAAUACUUACCCUUCCAUUUACCUGAAGCCUAAAAAAGGUGCCCCUUUCGGGUGGACUCUCCCUAUAUAAGCCAUUGUAGAGGGUAUAGCCCCACCAGGGUAGUCUGGACACCUGCAGUUGUCCAAAAAAUUGUAUUGUAAAUUAUCAUGCCAUAUAAAUGUUUAAGAAAGUUUUACAUAUAACUAUUUAAAGGUCCAUCAAUGGAUAUAAUGAAGCAAAUAAUUUUGUCCUUUUGCCGCUCAGUUGAAUUAUUUAAGUUAUCUCUUGGCUGAUUGGCUAUCUCAUUGCUGUAUAUAACUAGUAUAAAUGGCAUUUAAAGAAGAUUUUCCUUGUUCAAGAUUAUUGUAGUUGAACAGUAAUGUGCCUCAAGUUCAUACAUUUUGUACAUGUACGGUAGAGGCCAAAGGAAUUGUUAUCACACCACAGGCCAUGGGAAUUGCAAUUGCAGUGUACACUGCUGGCUACAGGAAUUGCAGUACACAUAUUGUAGGCCACAGGAAUUGCAAUUGUAGUAUACACUGUAGGCCACACGAUUUCCAAUCACAGUAUAGGCCACAGGAAUUGCAAUAAAUAUAUAUUGCAGUAUACACUAUAGGCCACAGGAAUUGCAAUCACAUUACAGGCCACAGGAAUUGCGAUAAAUAUAUAUUGCAGUAUACACUGUAGGCCACAGGAAUGCAAUCAUAGUACAGUGUGAAUUUGUUUACUCUUUGCUGACUCAGUGUGAUAUAUUUGAUUUCUUCUUACUUCCAGGGUGACUUAGUUUAUGUUAAUUAUGGAAGACCUAGUGAUUUCAAGAUUUUGAUUGACAAAGGAGUCAACUGCUCAGGCAAGAUUGUCAUUGUCAGAUAUGGGCGUGUCUUCAGAGGAGACAAGGUAUUUUAGCCCCUUAAACAAGCAACCGGGGAAAGGAGCACCCCACUGCCAGGGUGCCCUAGAGAGCUUGCUCACAAGCUGUCAUCCAUCUUCAGGACUUCUUUAUUCCCCAAAGAGGAUAGUCCUUUACUCAUUAAUAAUUUCACUGUGCAGGAUAUUUUUUAAGUGUUCCACAUUAUUUAUUCCUUUAUUUCAGGUGACUAAUGCUGAGAAAUAUGGAGCAAAAGCCAUUCUAAUAUAUAAUGACCCGCACGAUUCUGCCCCUGUACCAGAUGAAGAUCUCUACCCCCAUGGCUGGUGGCUGCCUCGCUCAGGAGUACAGCGUGGAUCCAUUCUUUUGGGUACUGGUGACCCACUAACUCCAAGAUACCCUUCCAAAGGUACAGCAGAAAUGUUCUGGUUUGAUUAACUGCCUUAUAAUCUUAGGAAUGUUUAUUUAGCAACAAUCAGAUAGGCAUCCCAGUCAAGUUUGACAGCUGAGUUAUGUAAUUGCAUGUAACCUACUGAUCAAAAUAAAAUAUUAUGAAAGUGACAUUCUUGGAAUAUAAUACACCUCCUUUGAUGCUGGCCAUUAUCAAGUCUGACCAUACAUGUAUAAUUUGAGGCUGAUUCUCAUCAUUGUCCUUCACAUCUCAUGCAUACUAAAUUUGAGGUUCUUUUUACGAUUAUAAUAGUCAUGUUGUUGUUUUCGCUUUAGAUGGUGUAUUAAGGAAAAACUCAGCCCUGAUUAAGAUGCCUCAUAUUCCUGCUCACCCAAUCUCUGCAGAGGAUGCAGAACAGUUCUUGAGGUGUGAAUUACAAAAUUAUAAUCAUAUUCUCUAUAGAAAAUUCAAUAUUAACUACAGUGUACAUGUAGUAAAAAAAUUAAUAAAUUAUUAUAUUGUUGAACCUUCUGUAAGCUACCAUGCCCAAAAUUUAAAGCUUUAAUUGUCGCUUAUGGUAGUUGUUCACUUACGACUAUUUAUUUACAGGCGGUCUCUUCCUAAGAAAGGUUUUGAACACAUCUACAAUUUGGAAGAGAUGUAUGGCAUGCAAUUUACAAGUUACAAUAUGUUUAAUUUCUUGCUGUCACUAAACGCUCUUUGCAGACCCAUAAUUUAUUAAUAAAUACACAUACAUGUGAGUAUACUACAGUGUUUGUAGAGAUGAAACCAAGCGUCAAAUGGUCGUUAAAAGUGGGUAAAAACAAUGGAAAAUUUUAAAGCCAUUAUCCUUUAAACAUGGUCGCAGUUGCUUGCGAGAGGUGGUGGUUUAUGAGAGGUUCCAACUGUAGUAGUUUCACUUUGAAGAGUGUUUCCAAUAAGUGGUCGCCUGUGGGAGGUGGUGGCUUUAUACAAGAGGUGGUCAAUGAUGGAAGUUCUACUGCUGUUAGUAGUAAAUCACACAUUUUUAGUUAAUAGUGAACCACAGGUUAUGGAAUACAACUGUAGUCUUCAACCAAAACUACUCAUGAGAUUACUAGCUGGGAAUCACGAAAGGUACUUUAAUAGUCUGUUCCAGGCUCUCAGGUAGUAGGGAAGAUGGAAAAGUGAAAGGCAUGCAAAAAGUUGGCGGGGCGGGAAAAAGGAAUGCUUUCUCAAUUCGGCAGACCUCAAAGCCUGGAACAGGCUAGGUACUUGUGUGUGUUAUAUACCAAAAUUGAAUUCAGAUGGGGUUUUUUUUAACCUUGGUUGAUUCUCCAUUUUAUCCUUUGUAUCUAAACUUACAGUAAUAAUUGAUUUUCAUGAAUAACUAGGACCCAAGACAUUUUGGAAAUUUAGAAUUAUCCGUAGGUUAAAACUUUUACGGUAACGGGAAUUUACCAUUUUCCUAGGUGAAAAAUGUGAACAGAAAGAUAAAGAUGUGAUUUUUCAGUGGUGUGCUGAACACAGUGUAUGGAUCUGUAUUGUUAGAUCCUCAGCUCCAUCAAUGAGCUUUUCUUUUUCUUCUUUUCUUAGUCGACUGGGUGGUGACAAAGCCCCAGAUGACUGGCAAGGAGGAUUAAAUAUCACAUAUCGACUUGGUCCAGGAUUCAUUGAUCCUUACAAAGACUGGUAAUAUUCAUUGUUGUUUUUGUUCUUAAAAUUUUGGUUAUAUCUUUUUCAAGAUGAAGUAAAUAAUACUUACAAUUUUCUUAAAAUCGCGUACUAAUUAACAUAGUAGUAUUAAUUUGAUAUUUUUAUAAGCAACCAUAAUAUUCUCUUUAAACCGGAGGAGACACUUCUUAAAAUAAUUUAGCAUUAUGAUAAUUGUAAUUGUAGUAAAUACAGGUAAAUAUGGCAUGAUCUCAGCCCAUCAGAAAGACAACCAGUAAAAGCCGAUUUGACAUUAGUAUUACUCCAUUCAGGGGCGGAUCUAGGGGGAGGGUGCAGGGGGUGUGCCCCCCCCCCACCCCUGAGAUGACCUGUGGUUUUCUUAUACAACUGGUAUUCUGCAAAAAAAAAAACUAUGUGGUUUAUUGGUGUUGAAGUAGAGCCAGGGACGAGUGCACCCCCUCCUAAAAAAAAUCCUGGAUCUGCCCCUGCCAUUCGUGGAUGAAAAACAGCGCAUGUUGUGCUAAGAAUUACGUGGCAAGAGCUGUCUUUACAGAAUUCACAAACAUGGCAAAACGUUUUCUUAAUCUUAAACUAGUGUCAAUUGCUGAACUCAUAAAGAAUCAACUUGAUUUUGAAUCUUGAAUUAUGGAAUUUUUGCUGGAAAAAUGGACAUUAAUGUCUUGAAACUGCCAGAAAACAGGCAGAUAUUUUCAAGACAGUCAGCUGUUGCAUUUGGCUUUUUUAUACAGCUUUGUACACUCUAUAUGUUAAUAAAGAGUUCUCAGUUCGUGUUUGUUGUUCUGUUUUGUCCAUUAGGAAAGUUGAAGUGGAAACAAAUAACAACCACACAAGACGAGAUAUCUACAACGUCAUUGCUGUUUUAAGGGGAUCUGUUGAACCAGGUGGGUUUCCCUGUGCAUAUUAUAACGUGAAUAGAUUGGUCUGUAGGGGAUCUGUUGAACCAGGUGGGUGCCCUGUGCAUACUAUAGCGUGAUUGCAGUUUUGUUAAAGUAAAUCUGUCGAACCAGGUGGGUCUUCCUGUGCAUGCUCUUCUCCUGUGCUACCGAUGUAACAGUUCAAGUCGCCCGAAAGUCAUCGAACUAGAGUUAUGUCGCCCAAAGUUUAUAGUUAUGUCGUCCGAGAUCCUGAGUUAUGUCACCCGAAAUUUUAGUCGAGUGUAAUACAGAGAGAAACGUCUCGUUCUUUAAAGCUAUGAGGCGAAACAAGCGAGUUAAGUUUGCAGUUUAUCUGGUACUUUAACCGUGCCUUGACGAGAUGAAACUAGCGCGUUGAAUAAGUCAUUAUAUCUCGUUCUUUAAGCCUUGAUGGUCAAGGCGAAGAACGCGCAAAAGUAUUUAUUUUAGGAUAUGACUGUUAGAAUGUUGUUGAGCACGGGCAACUUAUUUGUAACUCAGCAUUUCGGACAACUCUACUUUAUGGCUGUGUUCACACUAUACCGUAUAGCUUAUAGCCGCUGCAGUUGAUUUAUUUUAACUACUCCUGUUAUUUCAUAGACAGAUUAGUUUUGAUUGGUAAUCACCGUGAUGCCUGGGUGUUUGGUGGUAUUGAUCCUUCCAGUGGAACUGCUUGUAUGAUGGAAGUUGCAAAGGCCCUUGGACAAAAGUACAAACAAGGUAGGAAACAAACUUUUUUUAAAUUAUGUUUGCGGUUUUCAGUCCUUUUAAGAGAAGAUAUGGCUCCGGGAAAUAGGAAAGCUCAGCUUUGUUCACGUGUCGAUAUUUAUCACGUUGCUCCUUCUGCUUGGCAACAAGAACGCUCUUAAAAGCGUCUACUCGCGCUUGCUUGGAGAUUGGAUAAGAAAUGAGGAGGUGAUUAAUUCUACACGAAACAGGAUUUCCAUGCUAAACGUUUUUCACGUCCUACUUUAUCGACGGUCGAGUAAUCUUCAGGAUAUUUACUUUUUAUAUUGUAUUCGACGAUUUGUUCCUGAGUUGCUCAAAAUGUAUGUUUUUUUCUAUGAAGAUGGUUUGUAACACUCUUUUUUCCUUUUUUUUUUUUAGGGUGGAGACCACGCCGGUCAAUUGUUCUGUGCAGUUGGGGAGGUGAAGAGUAUGGCCUUUUGGGAUCUACUGAGUGGGUUGAGGUCUGUAAGACUCUAAACAGAUCGUAAACUCAAAACAUUUUGCUGCCAGAUUUACCAAUUCAACGACCUGCUCCCAGUUGGCUUGUUAGCUCAAUUGGUAGAGCGCUGUAUCACAGAGGUUAAGGGUUCGAAUCCCGUACAAGCCUAAACUUUUGCAGGCUUUCUUUUGGCAAGUGCAAAAGUUGCGUCUAUCAUGUGACUGCGAUAAUCUUCUUUCAUAUAGUUCUCUGCCUAGCCUGCGUAGCAGGCGCUUGGAAGUAGUGGGCACCAGAAAAAACGGGCGCACGAGAGGGAGACACACGAGGGGUGACCUCGCGUGUCUCCUCGCGCGCGCCCGUUCUCUCUUUCGCCCACUACUUCCAAGCGCCUGCUACGCAGGCUAUUCUCUACCCCGCAGUUCGCAUAUAUGAUUUCAUAUAUUCGUAACAUAGAUUUAUUUGUUUCGCCACGCAAUGCUUAUAAGCACGAAAGUGGAGGGAAGCGUUCCAUGACAGACAAGGAACGGAUGCGUAAAAACUAAACCUAGCCUAUGUUAAUGCGUUUUUCGGAAAAGCAGGCAUUUUUGGCGUUUUGAUUUUGCAUCUAAUUCUAUACACUAAAUCCGUUGGUAAAAUGGGUCAGUGUUUUCGGGAACGAUCACAUACGUGGGUUUUAAAACCGAAGACUUGACGUUUCAAUGCGAACCGGCAAAACAAAGGUUUUUCAAAACGUUGACACGAUGACUUAGACCGCGAGCGCUCUCUCAUUUUUGUUUUGAGUCAGAGGACAUAAAACAGUUUUCCCUACCUUCUUUUAGUGGGGCAAGGGGAACGGAGUAGGUGCGGUUGGGGGCAGCAGAGCUGGUUGGUUUGAUAAAAAGAUUCAGUAAAUGAUUUUCAGUUUCAUUUUUCCUGUUUCCUGUAAUUCAUGGUGAAAUAUUUUUCUUUGUCUUUUGUUACCAGGACAACAUUCAUCUGUUGUACCAGCGAGCUGUAGCCUAUUUGAAUGUUGAUUCCCCGAUACGAGGUACAGACAUGUAACCGUUUUUGUUCGAAAUGAUCAGUUGACAACUUUGUUAACAAGCACUUUUUUUACGUUGGGCGGGGCAUUUGUUGUUGUAAAGAUCGACCUAAAAAUGUUUAUACUUUCCUUAAAGCUGCUGAGCUUAGAAUAUUUUAUAUUAAAUCGUGCACUUGAUAUAGAAUGAUGUUUUGUUUCUAGUGGAAGUGCAUUUAGUUGCUCUAACUUGUUAACGGGAACUCCACUGAAAUAAUCGAAAGCAAAUGAUACAAAGAGCGCACAACAGGAUUAGAAACCCUGAGGCAAACCUGUUGGCUAUUUACAAGCAUAACCGAAGAUUUUAAACUGUAGAUGACCGAGAAACAAAUCCACCCGGUGGUUUUAGCGAGACUCGAAACCGCGGGACCGUGGAUUGCGAGUCCCGACUAGCUGACCACUCGGCCAUUUUGGCUCCUAUAUCUAUUAGCACUGAUAAAUCACCCCGUGGCUGUGGCAGUGAAACCAAGUCAAAUAGAAUUAGGUCACAUCACAAAAAAAUAUUUGGAGUAAGUUCUGUCAACUUUUGCUUACAUAUACGAAUGUGUAACCGUGUCACUGCUAACCAUGAGAAUACAAAUUGUCGAGCUAUUUUGUAGUUUACCCAAGCUUUUUUGUGUUGAUAUUACAUGUAUCCCGUAUUCUGCUUUUUUUUAGGAAAUUACAGCCUGUUUGUCCGUGCGAGUCCUCUUCUUCAUCAAGUACUAUACAAUGCUUCAAAACAGGUGAUGUAUGACUUUGUGAUUUAAUAUGCAUUGCAGUCAAGCAUCGUCAUCUACAUCAUCAUCAUCAUCAUCGCCAUCGCCAUCGUAAUAAUAAUAAUAAUAAUCAGCAGCAUCAGCUUCAUCAUCAUCAUCAUCAUCACCAUCAUCAUCACCAUCAUCAUCAUCAUCAUCAUUAUUCUCAUCAUCAUCAUCAUCAUUAUUCUCAUCAUCAUCAUCAUCAUCAUCAUCAUCACCAUCAUCAUCAUCAUCCUCAUCAUCAUCAUCAUCAUCAUCAUCAUCAUCAUCAUUAUUCUCAUCAUCAUCAUCAUCAUCAUCAUCAUCAUCAUCAUCGUCAUCAUCAUCAUCAUCAUCAUCAUCAUCAUCAUUAUUCUCAUCAUCAUCAUCAUCAUCAUCAUCAUCAUCAUCAUCAUCAUCACCAUCAUCAUCAUCAUUAUUCUCAUCAUCGCCUUCAUCAUUAUGAACAUCAACAUCGUCAUUAUCAUUAUAAUGAUCGUCGCCGUCGUCCCUUUCUAUCAACACCAGCAUCACCUUGCAUUUUUGUAUUAGGGCAGGGAGCCAUGAAAUGUUCAGGGUAUUGUUCGUCUUUGACCCAGGAGAACACCUUGAAAAAGGAGAAAACUAAAUUUGAAGCCACAUUGCGUGUACGCGGGACAGAAAAGCUAGUUUUGGCUGAAUGCCAGUGUUGGGGACGCUGUAAAUUUGCAUCCUUCAGGCACAUUUUAGAUAAAACUGUGAUAUAAAGCUGAAAAUUCGUCUUUUUCAGGUGAAAAAUCCCGUGGACGAAAAUCAGUCCGUUUAUGAAAACUGGCUGGACAAAUUCCCAGCUGCUGACGGACGAAAUCCUGAGUGAGUAUAAACCGAGUGAAACGCCUUUGUCGAUCUCAAAAAUUGCUACAGCUCUCGUUGAACAGAAUACAACCAAUCUCCGUGCUCGUUCAACGUCGUUCAACAUUUUGAAUUUUAUUAUUACUUAAUAUUCAACAUAGCAUAAUACACAUUUCAACAAUAAUUGUGUUUUUGGUUGACAAGUGUUGAACCACGUGUCAGUGGUUUUACGAUCACUUGAUAAUGUCCAGAAGUGGCCAAAGUAAAAUUGCCACAAAAUUUCCAGAUUUCCUCGUUUAAAAUACUGAAAAACCAAUCGCACCUUGUGGUCAUACUGCCUUAGAGGCUUCUUUUGAAUGGUCACACCAUAGAAUUUUGUUCACGGACUAAAAGUUAGAACGGCUUUUUACACAGACUCCAUCAUUGGUAUCAAGUCACCUCGAAACCAAACCAUCUCGCCACCAAAAAAUGUAAUAUCCUAAUACUUAUCGAAAGGACAAGUCUCUAAAAGAAAAUCCUUUCCCUUUAAAUUUACAAUGAAAUUUAAGGAGGUAAGGGUCGUGUGAUAAUAUUACCCUACUUUCCCAAGAGGGGCUGUUGGAUUUUAAGUAAAUCGCACCUCUUUAGCAUAAGAAUAAGCCGUAUUAAUGUACUAAAAAGUCCCAGUUAUUCACAAAAAAAAAAGAAAAAAAACUAAAUGUGAGACGUCCGAUGCAAGGUGUCAAUUACUAUGGAAAAACUUAUAUUUGGGCUUGAGGAAGAAAUCAGUCCCAGGCAAGUAAACAGUGUAAAUAUUACGUGGUGGCGAGUAGACUUGUUGGUGACGAGAUGACUGUAAACCCCAUCAUUCACUCCGAGAGUGAAAGGUCUAAAGUAAAACAAGCAUAAACAAAAUGAUAUAUUUUGAAGGCAUCGUAAGAGCAGAGAGUCAGGCUUUGAAAUAUUAGAUUUCCUGAUAAAAAAGGGGGAACGUAACAAGCCAACCAAGGCCACUCUCAAGGUCCAAAAAUUAAUCAGCGCCCAGGGCACUUGAGCAAAUAAAUACCGUAGAUACAGUAGGGGCCUGUUUACAUGGAGGUGGGGGACCCCAGGUAGGUGAGGUAACCCGCUUAGCUGGUGUAACCCGCCUGUCCAUGUAGUCUCUCAUUUUACUUUCAUCCCGUUUACAUGACAGGUUACCCCACCUUAAGCGUGUUACCUCACUUACCUGCGGUCUCCCACCUCCAUGUAAACAGACCCUAAUUUGUGGGCUUGAGUUUUCUGAGUUUUUGAAACACCAUGCCGGAAAGAAACCUGGAACCUCAGCCAGCAGGAUUUCUUAAUAGUGUCUUUCGGUCUUUCUUUUGUGCUUUUUAUAGAAUUCGCCCUCUUGGCUCAGGCAGUGACUAUUCUCCAUUUUGUCAGAGAGCUGGCGUGCCGUCUGCCGAUAUAAGAUAUGUGUUUGACAUGGUAUGUGCUUUGCAUUAAUUAUAGUAACUUUUUGACACGUAUAUUAAGUGAAAUAAAAGUAGUGUUCCAGGAAAAUAAAGAAAAUGUGUAUACCGAAAAAGUUUUAAAGCAAACAUCCAUCUGUUGUUGCUUCCAGGUGUCGGGGAACUUGAGUUUCAGUUGCGAGUAACCCUUUUUUGUGAUAAAGUUAUGUGUGUGUGUGUGUUUUUUUUUUUUUUUUGUGGUCCAUAAAGCCAGCUGUAAAGAAUCGACUGACUAUUUUGUUUUGCGGAGAAGAACUGAUUUACUUGUUUGAUUCUCAGUCGUGCAGAGAUUUUUGCGCGACAGACGACCUGUUACUGAAGCGCCCAAAAACUCGAAGAUUUGCUCUAAGCGAUGAUACAAACCGGAACGCCUAACGAUGUCCGUUAUAACGAGAGUUGUAACAAGGAAUGUCAUUUUUAGGCGAAGUUUGUUUUUUGUCAAACAACAGUAAUUUUUGACGGAUUUACAGGGAAUUAGUUUUUGUCGGUAUAACAAUCGAGCCUCAUGUGCGACCGCCUAUCCAAACCACCAAAAAUUUCCCAGUCAAAACGUUACAGUUGGAACCUCUGGUAAACGACCACCUCCUGUAAGCGACCGCCACCCCUUUUGGGCCUGACGUUUAACGAUUUUUAACCUCUUGUAAGCGACCACUUGACGCAUUCUUUGAUCUCUAUGGUCGCUGUGUGCACUAUGCUACAGUGUACAGUAAGAAUAUACGAAAAACUUUAGUGACAACAUGGAACUACACAUGACGUAACUCAGACAUUGCAUGCAAUAAAUAUCUUCCGUAAAGUAGAUGUGUCUGGACCUCUUCUCGGAAGAGACCGCCUGUGGUUCGAUUCUUGUAAGCUACUACUCAGUCUUUCCAUUUUAGUGGCUAGGUAUACCAAAAUCAAGGGUUAUUAGAGACCUUUAGACUCGUGGACGAGAAUGACUACGAGUACGAGAUUUGAUUUAAAGUUUUUUCGCGUAUUGUCAAAAAAUAGACGCCCCGGAAUUCUUCAUUGUCCUUUUUUUCACCCGAAACGUUAGCACUGUUAUCGUUAUUGAAGGAGGUUAUACCCUCUCCCGAUUGCACAAUGCUAAAGCUUCUAACAUUAUUUUGAUAACGCGUUCCUGCCACUUCGACACUCUCGCUAAACCUUGUAGUAGAAUGACGACGGCUACCACGUUUUCCCGCCAAAAUGACGCUGCCUCACACGCGUACACUACUUACUAUUGAGGAAAUCUCGUACUCGUAGUCUUUCUCUACUUAGAAUCUAAAGGUCUCUGAUGUUGACUGUUUAUCGCAAUCUUCCUUAUUAUAUACUUAGCUUUUAUGAUUUACACUUACUUUUUGAUUUCAGUUUAAGUUCCAUAACAUCUCCGCUUAUCCAACGUAUCACAGUUUGCAUGACACAUUUGCUUACGUCAAAACGUUCGUGGAUCCUGAAUUCAAGACUCAUCUGGCGGUUGCGCAGUUCUGGGGCAGUGUUACAUUCCUAUUGGCUGAGACACCUCUCCUGCCAAUCAACUGCUCAGAUUACGCUGUUGCGCUGAAUAAAGGCGUGUCCAACUUGCAGAAAAAAUAUCAAAGUGAGCUAACGAAGAAAGGAAUUUCACUCGGUGAGUUUAUUUUGUUCCCUCGACUUCGUAGUUAAGCGCACGGUCAGACUACUGCCAACGGCUGCGUUAACUCAACAAGACAUAUUGUUUCAACGAGAGCUUUGUAUAUACCCCCGAAUUUGAUAACUGACAUGUUAAGUUAAGCAACUUUGACGGUAAUGAGAGGCAAAAUAUCAGUUACAAAGUGAUCACGCGUUCUUUUAAACUUGGUCGUGAUUAUUCUAGUUUGCUCAGUUUUUCAAAUGUGAGGAUAUUUCCCGGGAUAUUAAUUCGUAGGGACCACCUCGAAGUUCAAAAAGAAGAAAGAAACUAAGAUUUGUUCCCGUGUGUUCACGUCGUCCGUAAAGCGUCAUAUUAAGGUUGAUGUCCACUAACGCGUUGUUGGCUACGCACAUUAACACACGUGAAUUUAAAUCACGUAAAUAAAACAGAGGCAAGAUAUAAAGUGUUGAGAUUAAACGUGAAGUUGAGCGAGGUUCUACUUUUACACUUACAUGCGACCUGACAUACAUUGCCUCUAUUUUAUUUGUACACGUAAAGUUUUUGCACGUACGCACGUAAAAAUUACGCGACAGUGGAAAUGAACCCUAAGAAAGGUUUUUACGUCGUAGUUGUGCAGUGACGGUAAAGAAAAGUACCAUUUGAAAAGUGUGAUGUGUGACGUUCCCUAUGGCGGUUGCUGUACGUGAGUCCCUCAUUGGCCUUGUUCUAAUCAAGCGGAGAGCUGGUACCACAUAUGAUCGCAAAGGCUCUAGGGAUCGUUUGGAGAGACAGUAAAAACUAACAUGGCGGACAGCAGUAAGUCAACUGUUGAUGACGCUCUGAAGGUUACCCUGACUGAAGAAUAUAUACCUGCUGAAUUAGGCUUUGUAGGAAUUCUGUAAUAGUGAAUAUUAGUUGUAUUUCUGAACCUGUUAAAACAGUUUGGAACACAUUAGUUGUAUUAUGCGCCAUGUUUGUUGACCUUUAUGCUCUCCCUCUCAACGUUCCCGAGGAGCUUUGUGGUCGCAUAUGUUAGCCAUUUGUGAUUACACCCGGUAGGAUCUUCGUCUCAGCCCGGGGAACAAAAUUAUUUCAUUUACUGAACCCAUUUAUAACGGUAUUUUAUUUCAGAAUUUUUGGCUAAGGCAGUGAAAAAGUUUAAAGAAGGAGUUAAGAACAUGCAAUCACUAAUCAAAAACGUGGACAUUUCAGAGUAAGUAUUGGAAAGGAUAACGUAGUUCGUUGACACGAACCAAUUCAGUGACCUGCUCAACCAGCUGGGUUGUUAGCUCAAUUGGUAGAGCGCCGCACCGGUAUCGCAGAGCUCAAGGGUUCGAAUCCCGAACAGAGGUGAAUUUCUUCAGGCUUCCUUGCGUUUAUAACUACGAUGAUCUUUUGUCGUUAAAGUUUUCACCCCAGAGUUCCUAUUGCCGGUUUGCGCGUGACGUUACGGCGGCCAUGUUGGAUAACAAGAACAAAAGCAUUUUUCUCCUCUAGGAGCUUAACUCUAUUUUCGUGUAAAUUCUUCAAGGAAAAAAUUAUAUUGUGUUGCCAUCCAACAUGGCCGCCUUGUCACGUGGCUGCAAACCAAGAUUAUAUGUUUUUUCAUUAUUUCACUCAACUUAGCAUUUACAGGUUAUAUAUCCCUUGUUAAUUGCUGUUAUUGAAUUGCUUUGCUUGAAAAUUUUAAAAAUCAUUUUCUCGUCUAACAAAUGAAUUUUUUUCAGUCCCUGGUCUCUCGCGUACAUUAAUGACCGUUUGAGUGGACUGGAAAAAAACUUCUUAAACCCGGAAGGACUGCCGGGAAGACCUCUUUACUGGUAAGUACUAUUCAUUCUCGAGAGCUCUGUAAAUUUUUUUUUUUACAGAUUCACUCCACUACAUUACAAGCAAAUAAUUAAAUGAAAUAAGCUAACACUACUACAAGGAAAAAAAAAAAGUUGUGGAGAAGGAGACAACCGAAAGCGCCAAUGCGCCAUACUAGGAAUCCCCCCACUAAUUAAAAUAUAAGAAAAAUAUAUACAAGUAGAAACAUAAAUGUUCUAGUUAUCCUUAAUAAAGCUUAAAACAUUUUUUUAAAUGUUGCAAUACUGUUUGAUUCUCUAAUAUGAUUGGGUAAACCAUUCCAUUCAUUUACAAUACGGUUAAAAAAACUAUAUUUAAAACCAUCAGUUCUACUAAAAUUUGGAAAAAGGUCCUGUGUGUCAUUUUUCCCCAAGUUGUAACCUGUAUUUCUGUCCUUACAAAAUAUGAGCUUAUUUGAAAUGUCAAUAUCAUAAUGUCCAUUAAUUACAUUUUAAAAAAAUGUAACAUCUCUAGUGAACCUCCUAUUAGAUAAUGACAACAAUUUUAGCUUAGAUAGUCUAGUAUCAUAAUCAUCAUCAGACCUAGUGAUCCAUCUGGUAGCUCUUCGCUGAACAUGUUACGUUUAGUAUGAGGGUUAAAAGUUUCGCAUGAAUAUUCUAAUGAAGGUCUCACAAGACUACAAUAAAGUGUGUUCAUGGUAUCAAUAUCCUUUAAGUCCCUACAAGUCCUCUUAACCAACCCUAAAACCCUUAUUAGCCUUAGCAGUUAUUUUAACUACGUGUUGGUUCCAUGAAAGAUUACCAGCAGUAAAUAAUCCUAAAUCUUUAUACACAUUAACACUUUCAAUAUUCUAAUAAAGGUCUCACAAGACUACAAUAAAGUGUGUUAAUGGUAUCAAUAUCCUUUAAGUCCCUACAGGAAUUUAAGUCCCUAAAUGAAUUUGUUUAUAUUGGUGAACAAAGAAGUUACUGUGUAAGCCCAAAAACACCUUGUUGAGCAAAUUUCGAGGUUAUAAUUGUAUAACCAUACUAAGUGUAAUCUGUAAAAUGGCUCCUCUUCUCCCGUUUUUCCAGGCAUUCUAUUUUCGCGCCAAGUCUGUUCAACUCCUACGCAAGUGCCACGUUUCCAGGCCUCCAUGAUGCUUUAGUGGACGCCGUCAACAAUGGAACCUGGGCAUUAGUUGAGGAAGAGUUAUCUAACACUGUUGUAGCAAUUGAAUGGGCUGCACAAUUUUUGAAUUCGACGGUAUAACACACGACUUUGCGUUGGGUGUUUGUCGGUUCGUUCUGUUGUACCAAUUCUUGAUUUUGUCCAUGGAGAAAAUAAUAUUUGUAAUUAUUUAGCGAUUCUGUUUUUAAACUUAGGUAAGUUUUAUCUGAACUUUAGGGCAGUGGAUCAAAAUUGGUAGUAUCGUUUCUUUGAGCAUUGAAUGGAUAGAAACGUUUUUAUCCUUGGAUUGGCUUAGUCUACAACGUGAUGCAGGCCAUCUUCUAUUUAUCUUGUAGCCGCGUUAACAAAGCGAGGAUUGAUGUUAGGUCAAACUUUUGGCUUAUUCAACAACGUGAUACAGGCCAUCUUAUAUUUAUCUUGUAGCCGCGUUAACAAAGCGAGGAUUGAUGCUAGCUCAAACUUUCGCGGUCAAACAACUUUUGGUUUUGAUUUCGUUUGCUCCAAGAGGUCAAUUUGGAAAUUUCUGUUGUUACUGGAAACUCGAGCGGUC